CCGGUCCCUUCUCAGGCUCCGAGCUGGGACCCGGUGUGGUCCCGGGUCUUGGCCCAAGAGACUCUUUUUCUCGGAAGUCGGCGGCCGAGAGGGGUGAAGGUGGCUGUAGGGUAGCGAAUCCGGGUCGGGAGCGGUGGGGAGGGCCCGGGGAGGAUGAACUCCCCGGGCGCGGAGAGCUCGGGGAAGAGCCAGCAGUACCGCGUGGACCACCUGCUGAGCGCCGUGGAGAGUGAGCUGCAGGCCGGCAGCGAGAAGGGCGACCCCACCGAGCGCGAGCUGCGCGUGGGCCUGGAGGAGAGCGAGCUGUGGCUGCGCUUCAAGGAGCUCACCAACGAGAUGAUUGUGACCAAGAACGGCAGGAGAAUGUUUCCAGUGCUGAAGGUGAACGUGUCCGGGCUGGACCCCAAUGCCAUGUACUCCUUCCUGCUGGACUUCGUGGCGGCCGACAACCACCGCUGGAAGUAUGUGAAUGGGGAGUGGGUUCCUGGGGGCAAGCCUGAGCCGCAGGCGCCCAGCUGCGUCUACAUUCACCCCGACUCGCCCAAUUUCGGGGCCCACUGGAUGAAGGCCCCCGUCUCCUUCAGCAAAGUCAAGCUCACCAACAAGCUGAAUGGAGGAGGCCAGAUCAUGUUGAACUCCUUACAUAAGUACGAGCCUCGGAUUCACAUAGUGAGAGUCGGAGGUCCGCAGCGCAUGAUCACCAGCCACUGUUUUCCUGAGACCCAGUUCAUAGCAGUGACUGCUUAUCAGAAUGAGGAGAUCACAGCUCUUAAAAUUAAAUACAACCCAUUUGCAAAAGCUUUUCUGGAUGCAAAAGAAAGAAGUGAUCACAAAGAUGUGAUGGAAGAAGCAGGGGACAGCCAACAGCCUGGAUAUUCCCAAUCAGGGGGCUGGCUUAUUCCUGGAACCAGCACACUCUGCCCACCCGCCAGCCCCCACCCUCAGUUUGGAGGAGCCCUCUCUCUGCCUUCCACACAUGGUUGUGAAAGGUACCCAUCCCUGAGGAGCCACCGAGCAGCACCCUACCCCAGUCCCUACUCUCAUCGGAACAACUCUCCAACCUACUCAGACAAUUCAUCUGCAUGCCUGUCUGUGCUGCAAUCCCAUGACAACUGGUCCAGCCUUGGAGUACCCAGCCACACCAGUAUGCUCCCCAUGAGUCAUAGUGCCAGCCCUUCCACUGGCCCUAGCCAGUAUCCCAGCUUGUGGUCUGUGAGCAAUGGCACCAUCACUCCUGGCUCCCAGGCAGCAGGAGUGUCCAAUGGGCUGGGGGCCCAGUUCUUCCGAGGAUCCCCUGCACACUACCCAUCCCUCUCGCAUGCAGUCCCAGCUGCCUCAUCCUCGAGCUCACCCUUGUAUGAAGGGGCGGCCACUGUCACAGACAUUCCUGAUAGCCAGUAUGACGCCUCGGCCCAAGGCCGCCUCAUAGCCUCAUGGACGCCUGUGUCGCCUCCUUCCAUGUGACCCAGCCCUUGUCUCAGAGGCUCAAGGACUUCUCCACUGUGGUGACCAGUGUUGAUCUGCUCCACCUCUGAGGCACAGAUUGCAGGCUCAUGGGUGCAGGGACAGAAACCAGGAGACAAAGCCUGGUUGACCUCAUUCUAAAGUAAGAGGAGGAAUACAUGCUUUGCUAUUUGCUGAGUCCCACCAGCCCAGCUUGCUAGAAUCUGUAUAUGGGGGACAAUUGGCCCCAUUCCCCAAGAUUCACAGGCAAAAAUUGUUUGCCAGGGUCCUAAAACUCCUCAUACAGCAUGUAGGUGAUUUUGGCACACCUGAAUUUGUAAUGUCCACUGGUUCUACUUUAGUAAGACACAAAGCACACUUUUAAUUCUCUUCCCUGUUGCUUAAGAGUAGUUAGAGUUGAGCUGUUAAGGACAGAGUAAAGUCAUAGGGAGAACAGCAGAUUUUAGUUGAACUGGUGAUUUUGACUCCUGCCCACUAGGUUUUUAUUUUAAGCAUAUUCAGCUAAUCUCUUGUAUUGUGAACCAAUUGUUUUAUAUUUUUCUUUUGACAAAAUAGCCAAAGACAAUCGGCAGAAAGCAUUUUCUGCAAA